AUGAACAAAUUGGCAAAUAUGCGGCACUGGUCCGAGAGGAUGAGUCCCAACUUUGGGAUGGGUGGCCGUCCCAACAUGCCCGGCAACCCAAUCAAUACUCAUCCAAAAAAUGUCCCUCAUCCUGGCCCUGCCCUCGUCAACCCGCAGGCUGCCGACGCCACCAUCACCUACUCUUUCAACGUCCCCUUCUCGUCCGACCUCGCCGGUCCCAACACCGAGGAAAUUCUGCAUUCCACCGCCGAUGCCGUCCUCCGAUGGACGCACCCCGAGGAUGCCCCUGAUGACGUCCAGGUUCACGAGCUUCCUGUCCACGCCCACAACCUCAACAACCUGCACCGCUUGUGUAGAGACCUCUCCGGUGGGCCUCUUCCCAUCGAGGCCCAGGUCAUUUCCACUGCUCCCAAGAAUGGCAGGGCCCAGCAAAUCACCACUGUUUGCCUUUCCGGCUCUCCCGAGCUCGUCAACAAAAGCCGUGAGACCAUCCUCAACGAGAUCCCCAUCGCCUUGCGCUGCACCAUCAUCGACAUCGAGGGCAAGCUUGUCUGCGACUUGAACGCCGGCGUUCUCAAGAAGCCUGUCAUCGAGACCCUCGAUUACAUCUCCACCUUUUGUGGUGUCGACAUUUUUCUGCUUGGCCCCAAGCUGACUCCCAUGGUCGAUGGCGUGUCUGGCGAUUCUGAAAUGCGCAUGGACCAAAGAUGGAGAAUUGCCAUCUAUGGUGAUAUUCUGUCUUCGGAGCAUGCCAAGGCUCGUGUCCUCAUCCACAUUGAUACCUUGCUUGGCCGUGUUGUCGAUGCUACCCGUGUCGACCUUGCGCUGCACCAACUGGUCUGCGGCCGUCAUCGCAAAAACAUCAAACUCAUAGAGUCCUCCACCGGAACUGCCAUCUACUUCCCGCCGCUAUUCUCGCAAAUGUACCGAUACUGUCCUCCCAAUGCAAACCGACGUGAUCCCGCCGAAAUUUACAUCACUGGUGAAUCUCCUCAAGCCAUUGAACUUGCCAAGCAGAGACUACACGAAACCGCCACUCGUAUCCGCAUCUAUGUUAAGGAUGUCAACAUACCUGCUGCCAAAAUUGACACCAUCCUUCUCGACCGCCUGGACAAAGUUCGCAAGGUCCUCGAGGCCAACGGCACCUACGUCAUGUUCCCUCCCCUGGCCUGCCAGCGUAACCUGGUCCGUGUUCAGGGCACCGAGAGUUUGCCCGUCGAGCGCACCGUUCGUGAGCUCAUGUCUCUUGCCGGCCAGUUCUACUCGGCCGCCUGGUUCAUGCAGCAACCCGACGCUCGGCAGCUCCCUAGUCCAGCCGAUACGCAGGCCAUGCUUGGCGAAAUCUGUGCCAACUCUGAUGCUGAUGUUUCCUUUGACAAGAUGUCCUUUACCGUCACUGGCUCCGAUGAUGCCGUCAAAGCUGCCUUGACUGUCAUCUCCGACUUCAAAUUCAUCUCCCAGCCUCAGUACCAGAUUCGGGUCAAGAUUGAGCUAGCAAAUGAGCACAAGGAAUUUGUCAGUGGCAAGAAGAACGGAAAGAUCAACAAGAUCAUGGGACAGAGCAACGUUCAAAUCAUCUUUGACGGCUUCAACGAGUACAAUUUCAACAUCGACGUCAUGGCCGCCAGCUACGAAUCGCUCAAGCAGGGACUGACCCUCGUUGAACAGGAAAUGCCUGCAUCCAUCUCGUUCCACGUUCCUGAUCAAUAUCACAAGCGAAUCAUUGGUAUCGGAGGUCAGCAUAUUCAGCGCAUCAUGAAGAAACACUCCGUCUUCGUCAAAUUCUCCAAUGCCAUGGACCGAGGCGGCAUGGGCCGUGAAGAUGACGACCUUAAGGUUGACAAUGUUAUUUGCCGCACCCCUGCUCGAAAUGCUCAGAACUUGGAUGCCGUCAAGAACGAAAUCUUGGAGAUGGUCGACCGAGCGGAUUCCGAGUACACGUCUCAGAUUGUCAAUGUGGACCGCCUCUACCAUCGCGAGCUCAUUGCACGUCUCUCCGAAAUCGACGAGCUUGAGCAAAAGUUCAAUUGCAAGAUCAGCUUCCCUAGCACCGAGCAGGCAAGCGAUGAGGUCACUGUCACUGGCCCCCAAUGGCAGGUCCCGCACUGCGUCGAUGAGUUCCUCGGCAUGGUUCCCGACAAGCACGACCUCGUUUUUGCUCGCACCCCCGAGCUUGUAAAGUUUUUCGAGUCGCCCGACUUUGUCCAUGACCUGGUCCCUAAACUGAAGAGCCAGUACGAGGUUGACGUGACUGUUCACCAGAACCCCGAGGAGCUCACCGAGGACGGCAAUCCUACUUUGACGCUGGUCUGGGGCUUCACUCGCAACAAUGCUGGCGGCCUGCGCGAUGCUGUUGAUUUUCUCGAGGCUCAAUUCGCCACUGCUGCAGUCGACGCCACUGUUGUCAAGGGCUUCAUUCCCAGGCCCAAGUCGGAUUCUUUUGAGGAUUCCCUGCAGUAUUUCGACUCGAAGCUUUUGCAGCAUGCUCCUUCCUCGGUUGGCAGCGAGACUCCCACCAAGCCUAGCUUUGGUGCUGAAAUAAUUCGCGAGCGUAGCAGCAUUCUGGACCGCCUUCGCAAGCCUGGCAGCAUGACGUCUCUGUCUUCCUUCCUGGACCGUAGGAAGAACAGCUCCCACUCGGCCAAUGGCAGCUUCUUCAAAGGCUCCAACAACGUCUCCAAGUCGUCCCUUAUAUCGAUUGAGUCUACUCGCAGCUUCAAUGCCGAUCGAAACCCCUGGAACGACAGCGGUGUCAACCUUGUUGACGAGGAGAACCCCUGGGGCGUUCGUCUUCUCGGCCCUGUUGACGCCAAGCUCGCCAUCCCCCAUGGUGGCGACAUUACCCCUAGACACGGCACCCGCGCAUCUGGCGAUAGCGGCCGCCCAUCUACUUCCCAUUCUCUCAAUUCUGGAUACCCCGCCCCUAGUGGGCAUUUCCGUUAG